UACACUUCUUCUCUCCUUUCUCGAAAACAACUGGUUGACUCGGCGCGCAAUGACACGCAUCGCUUCAUCCGUCGUCCAGGCAACCAACUUUAUUAUUCCUCGCGUGCUAUAGACCAAUCAACGACCUCCGAACGAGUUUCUUUCUGCGCAGUAAACUACUGCGCAACUCGACUCGCUAGAGAUACGGCUCGUUUAAGGUGUAACAAUAGCACGUUUCACGUGCAUAAAAUUUAUGGAGAUGGAAAUUGUAUGUUCCGUGCGCUCAGCUAUAUCCUUUGGCAAAAUGAAGAAAAGCAUCAAUAUUUGCGUAACACGGUUGCUAGACAUAUAAAAAAUAAUUGGCACGAAUAUGGUCCUUUCGUAAUGGCUGAAUGGAAUAUAUCAAAUCCUGAAGAAUAUUAUGGACACAUGAGAAUGGUUGGGACGUUUGCAAGUGAGCUCGAAUGUACGGUAGCAACAAAGCUUUAUAAUAUGAAUCUCGCUAUAUAUCGUGAGAUAGAAGGCUCGAAUGAGUUAGAACGUGUUUUCUACAGUCAUAUAAAUCAUUAUUGUCAGACUGCCAGGUUGCUCUUCACUGGACAUUCAGACAGCGGUCAUUACGAUAUUUUACUUAACGAUUAAAUUUUGUGUAUAUUUCAUUUUAAUGAACACUUUUAUU